AUGGGCGCGGCUUUAGCUGCGGGUGGUCAUUUCAAUCCGCAAAAAACUGGACAUGGCACCCCCAAUGAUGGACAUAUGGGCGAUUUACCUGUACUCAAUGUAGAUUCAAAUGGUAAUGCCAAAACAACCUUAAUUGCACCACGUCUAAAACUGGCCGAUAUUCAAGGCUUAGCUAUUAUGAUUCAUGCGGGUGGCGAUAAUUAUUCAGAUCAUCCAAAACCACUGGGUGGCGGUGGGGAUCGUAUUGCCUGUGAUGCGAAAGCGCAUAACGACGGCAAUGUUCCAAAUAACCUGCCUCAUGUACACUCAUCAAUUCAACAAUACUACGCCAUAGCCAAAAUGGCGCAUCAAUAG